AUGUUGACGGAUGGCCACGUGGUGGAGGAGCGAUUUAGUGGGUGGCAGAAAAAGAAGGUGCGGACGAUUGUCGUGAACAGCCGCUCAAAAGUAUCCUCCCGCCGCUCCAUUGCCGGAGCUCUCGCUAUUGCAAAGCCCUAUGAUAGAAUUGAGCUCUUGGCUGGGGAGUACUUUGAGACGCUUUCGAUUUCAAUGCCUGUUGAGAUUGUGGCUGCAGAGGGGGAGGAUCCAUGUAUUGUAUCCCGCGGAACCUGUGUGACGAUAACGCAGGAUGUGGAAGCCUAUUUUGAACAUGUGGAAUUUAUUUCAAAAGGAAAAGCCAAACUGGAAUCUUCUGUAGUCUUACAAAAUGGAAAGGCUGUUUUUUUUCGUUGUAAAAUGAAUUCUGUUUUACUUGGAGGGUUUGCUAGGCCUCAUUUUGAACAUUGUACGAUUGAAGAGAGUUACAAUGGUUAUGGGCUUCAAGUGAAUGGUACAGCAUCUGUGGAAAUGAUGAACUGUACAAUUAAUACACAUCAUAUUGCAUGUGCGGAUAUUGAUACUAAAGGUGUUGUUAAUAUAAGAGAUUGUACCCUUCGUCAACCUUCAAAUGGAGGUAAUGUUAUUGUUGUUCGGGCAACUAAUAGUUACGUUGAUGAUAGUACCCCAAAUGAAAAUCUUGCUUGUCGUAAAGUUACAGUAACAAAAUGUCAUAUUUAUGUUACUCCUGAUGUUUUUAAACCAAAAGACCGUGAAUGGUCUGUAGAUGGUAUUGCAGGACCUCCUGUAUGUGUGAUAAUUUCACGUGGAGCUGCUCCUGUCUUUUCAUAUAAUGAGUUAUUACAAGGAAAUAUUGGAUUUAAAUUUGAAUUUGCCGGAUCUGCCUCUUUAGAAGGAAAUGGUAUUUAUAAUCAAAAGAUUUGUGGUAUUCUUGCUAUUGUAGAUGAGAGAAAUUUUAUUUCAGAAUCUAAAACACAAAAUCUUCGUAUUUCAGGAGGUAAUUUAAUUGAUCGAUGUCUUAUUGGUAUAGAUGUUCAAUGCCUGCGAAAUAAUUCUCUUGCUUUUAUUGAAGAUCAACAAAGUCUUCUCUCUCAAGAGCUUCCUUCGGUACGUACCUCGUUUAAUUGGUUGGAAAAAUUACCAAAAAUAGAUGGAGAAAAUUUACCCUCUGAACGUUCAAAAAAAGAAAGUAUAUCUAUUCCUGUACAUGGUAAACCCAUAGAACUUAAUAAAUUAAAGGAACAAAUACGAUCUUUGGCUAAAUUAGUCUGUGGUGCAUAUCCUGUAUAUUUCCGAUCACAUGAUACAGUAAAUGGAAAUCGUGCAUCUGGUGCAUUAAAUGUAUUAGGAGAGAUGAUACAAGAAACUCUUGAUAUUUCUUUACUUUCUGUGAAUUCUUCAGAUGCAGCUUUACAACUUUUAAAACUUCGAGGUAAUAAAGGUGUUGAUAUAUUAGAUACAAGAUUUUCUUCUUGUGGUUUCUGUGCUGUUCGAUUUGGUAAUGACGGUUAUGGAUUAGUAGAAGAUUGUGAUUUUAUUGCCUGUGGGGCAACUGCAAUUGUGGUAGGUAGUGGGGCACAUCCUUUAGUUAUAGGUUGUAAAUUUGAUCAAUCUAAAGGAGCUGGUAUUUUUCUUGAUAAUUUUGCCAAUCCUCUUAUAAUGGGGAAUGAAAUAACGAACAAUGCAGAACAUGGUGUUGAAAUUCAAAAUUUAUCACGUGGAAUAGUUAUGGGAAAUGUUUUCCUUGGAAAUAAUAUGAGUGGUAUUAAUUUAACUGGAGGUAGUAGUACUAUUAUAACAGGUAAUGCCAUUCAACAAAGUCACCAAAUAGGUAUAAGCGUUGUAGGAGGAAGUAAACCUGUGAUUCUUAUGAAUAAAUUUGUUUCCAAUCGUGUAGCUCAAAUAUUAAUAGGUGAACAUUCUGUACCAAUUAUAGCAAGUAAUAAUUUUAUUUCAGGUCCUAGUGCUGGUCUUCGUUUUGAUUCGUGUAGUGGAGGAACUGUAAUAGAUAACACGAUAUCAAAUAAUGAACAAGGAAUAAUAGCAGAAUUAGAUGCUGAUCCUUAUGUUAUUUCUAAUAAAAUUAUUAAUAGUGCACGAUAUGGUGUUGUUGUUGGAAAUAAUGGACUUGGUACAUUUGUUUCUAAUGAAAUUGCACAAAGUGGGAGUUGUAAUUUUCUUAUUCGAGAAGGUGGUUCACCUGUUGUUCGUAAUAAUCACAUUCAUAGAGGACAAUCUGGAGGUGUAGCUGUUCUUGCAGAAGGUUUUGGAAAAAUUGAGCAUAAUUUUAUUUCUGAAAAUGCUAUAGGCAAUGUUAUUGUAUUGGAUCGUUUUAGUGAACCUGUUUUUACCAGUAAUACUAUUUGUUCUUCAGUUAGUGGAGCUGGAGUUAUUUGUGGUCGUGAGGGAGGAGGACAAUUUAUUAGUAACUCUAUUUAUCAGAAUAAACAAGCUGGUGUCUAUGUUAUUGGUAAAUCCAAUCCUCAAUUUAUAAAAAAUACGAUUUCAUCAGAAGCAGUUGGUGUUAUUAUUUCUGAUGGUGGUCAUGGUACUUUUAGAGAUAAUAAUAUUAAUUCAUGUUAUAGUUCUGGUAUUAUUAUUCAAUUAAAUGGUGAUCCAAUCUUACAAGGAAACCGUGUCUCUAAAUGUUUUCUUAGUGGUCUUCUUUUGGCAGAAGAAGGACGUGGAACUGUGCAUGAAAAUAUUUUUUUUGAAAAUGAUGUUGGAAUUCAAUUAGGUUCUACAUUAGGAAUUGCAGAAUUAGAGGUGGAACUUAGUUUCGCAGGUGGUACAACAGCUGCAACCUCAUCAUCUAAUAAUGAAAAGGCUACAACUCAAAAAGCACGUCGUUCUAUUAUUGCUAGAAAAGAGAGUGAACUUCGUGCAAGUGCUAAAUUGGCUCCAGCAGAAAUACGACAAAAUAAAAUAUAUGCAAAUUCUACAUGUGGAGUUUUAGUAGAAGGAGGUUCUUGUGGUAUAUUAGAAGAUAAUGAUAUUUCAAAUAAUGAAUUAUAUGGUAUUAUGGCAGAUGUUGGAUAUAGUGCAAAACGAGUAGAAGAAAAACUUGGAAAAACUACUGGACAAAGUAGAUGGAAAAUAUCUCAAAGAAAUGCUGGUGGUGGAACUGCUAUUAUACGCAAAAAUCGUAUUUUUCAACAUAAACGUUCUAAUAUUGCAGUUAUUAGUAUUGCUGAGAAUGCUAUUACUAUUGGAUUAAAUGAUGUAUAUGAAUCUAAUAUUGGAAUUUAUCUUGGAAAUAAUGCUACUAUUUAUUCUAUAGAAGGAAAUAAUAUUCAUGAUUGUUUUGAUGGUGUUUACGCAGAAAGUGGAGGUCGUGGUUGUUUCACAGAGAAUAAUAUUUCUGGUUGUAGUGGUGUAGGAGUAUACAUAUGUGAUCGCGCUAAUCCUGAAUUUAAAAAAGAUAAUAUCAUUGAGAAAUGUAAUAUUAGUGGUGUAUUAGUAGAUGCAGGUGGUAAAGGUACAUUUACAGGAAUUAAUGUAAAUCACUGUGCUGUAGGUGUUAUAGUGUAUACUUGUCCACCUAUUUCUUCUUCUAUGCGUCAAGAAGAAUUUGUACAAAGUGGAUUUGUUUCUUCUGCACCAAUAUUUGAAGAUUGUGUUAUUGAACAUAAUGCAUUACAUGGAAUUCUUGUAUUAACUGUUCCAAGUGGUUAUCCAUUACGUUACUCUUCUAUUGAAGAAUCUAAACGUUACAAACGAGCAGAAGGUCUUUUUAAUAUUCCAGGUACUUUAUUAUUUCCGAAAUUUCAAAAAAAUAUUAUUCGACAGAAUCGUCAUUUUGGUAUUUGUCAUGAAUUAUAUGAAAGUGCGGAUCAAGCAGAAAUUGCAUCACAGCAUAUGACCUCUCUUGAGACUUUAGUGGAACCACAUCCCUUGACUCAUCCUAUAUCACAAGGUCUCUCUGUAUCACUAUCACUUUCUCAUCAAAGUCCUACUCGACCUUCACCUGCGAAACAACAAUCUGGGGUAACUCACCGUACUUCUGUAGAAGAAACAUUAGGGACUUCUAUUGUACUUAAUAUGAAGGAAGAUCAUGAAGAACGUAUGAAACGACAAGUAAGUUUUGUUGAAAAUACAAUUAGUAACUGUUCUAUUGGAGUGGUAGUAGGAAGUUGUUGUCAUCCAUUUUUACUUGGGAAUCGUAUUCAAAAUAAUACCUUCUUUGGAAUUUUAUUACGAUUUAAUGCAAGAGCCAUGUGUUUUGGAUGUGAACUAACAGAUAAUGGAAUAGCUGGAAUUUAUUGUGCUAAAGGUUCUCUUGGAACCUUUACAUCUGGUGUUAUACGAUGUAAUAAUGGUUUCUGUCGUCCUGAAGGUAGUCCUCAUGAUGCCCGUUCUUUCCAUGGACUUCCCUUCACUGACCCUGCCAUUCCAUUUUCCCCGUCCACCUUCACGGCGUCGGAGUCCCUCUCUUCGGUGUAUGCGGGGGUGUCGGAUCUCCUCUCGCAGUACGCGGAAAUUGUCGCGUGUGGACUGCGGCUGCUGUGCGAGUUGGUGGCGGCCUCCUCGGCGGCCCUCUCGCUCGCCACGGCGGUCUUCCCGGCGGUGGGGCUUGACGGCUACGACCGCGGCUGGGCGGUGGACGGCGGGGUGGGGGCGUGGGUGGUGCUCGGCAGCGGGACGGAGCUGCGGGGGAAUGCCGUCGGGGGGCACCGCGGCGCCGGCGUCCUCGUCUCCCGCGGCCUCCGCCACCACCACCGCCACGCCGUCCACUUCGCCAUCCCGCCCCGCGGCGGAUUCCCCGCCGUCCCCGCCGCCGACACCCUCAUGGACCUCAGCAGAAAGGAAGCGAAAAAGACGGAGGGGGGUGAGGCGCAGACACCAUGGUGUUUCUUUAACACAGCCGCCAUCACAUUCCCACAGGAACAAGACGAACCUCAACAGCAGUAUCAGCAUCAGGGGAAGGGACAUGCAACACAUCCAAAAGGGAAAGAGACACGAACAACACCCUCAAAGACAACCACAACAGCACAUACAAAGGAUACAAAAGCAACAAAAGCAUUAAUUGAAAAUAUGAACAUAUUCCAUCAUGUACAUCGAAGCACUCCAAAUAUUUUUAGACCGGCAUCUUUACGAGGGAAUAAUAUCUCAAAAAAUGAAUACGGAGUUGUUAUUCAACUUUAUAAUGUUAUGAAGGCUUCUGCGUUAGAUUCUUUUGAGGAAUCUGAUACCACAUUAAAGGAGUCAGAUGGAUUAGAUACCAUUAGUGAGAAUAACAGUACGAAAAGAAGAAUAUCACGUCAACCAAAGUUACGAAAGCCCUCUAAUACCAACUCUGAUGCAAAAUCUCGUAAAUCUUCUACUACAAGUAAGAAAAAGAAAAGUGUAGAAUUAAAUGUAGAAACUUCUAACGCCCCUGUUCCACGUCCCACAACAGCUAAUCCAACACCUAUAUAUAUACGAGAAGGGGAAAUAGAGCAUAGUUUAACUAUGGAGGAAAAUCAUAUCUUUGAAAAUCUUUCUAUGGGGAUUUUAUGUCAACAUGUAGUUGAGGUUUUCUGUGGAACAGUGGUUUCAUCAAAGUUAAGAUUAGAAGAAUCAGGUAGGGAAUAUGAUGAUUUAUGUGUUAAAUUUACACUUAAAAAAGAAAUAACACAGCCAAAAUUAUUAUUUACCUUAGUUCCACAAGAACCAAUGUUACGUCAUGCUAAAAUUUCAGGUAAUGAAGUAUAUAAGAAUCGAAUAGAACAGAUAGAAGUUACUUCUCGUUAUGUUGCUAUUACAGGAGAUGAAAUACGAACAUUACUUCAUAUUGAUACGUUACGACAACCAAAUGCAUCUAUGUGUUCCUCACAAGCUCUUUUAAGAAUUCCAUUAUUUGCUUCUCUUACAAUGACUGCCCCACCUGGUGUAUUUAUUAUUGAAAAUAAUCGUUUUAGAGAUGCGGCUAAAGGUAUUCAUGUAAUAGGUCUUGUUGGUCAAAACUCUCUUCGUUUACGUCAAAAUGCUUUUCUUAAUAUAUUAGAAACUGCUAUUCUUGUUGAAGGACAUUUAGCUUCUGCUACUAUCGGAAAUGGAAAUAUAUUUGAAGAUAAUAAUAUAUCCGUUCGUCUGGUUUUACCAGAAAGUACUAUAACAGAAGAAGAAAAACUUCGUCAAGAGUCUAUAGGUAUAACUACCCGUAUUUAUUCUAAUCGUUUUUGUGCACCUAAACAACAUUCCAUCUUAAUUGAAGGAGGUGGAGCACCAUCACCACUACUUCUUGAAAAUGAAUUUACAAAUCAUAUGAAUGGAACUGUUGCAUUCUUUAUUAAUGGUCCAACUGUUAGAGCAGAAUUAAGCAAAAAUAUAUUUAAGGAUAAUUAUAUCCCGGUUAUUAUUGAUAAUGAAGCAGGUACAGAAGGAAGUAGUUCUGUUAUUGUAGAAGGAAAUCGUUUUUUCAGGAAUUAUAUUGGACUAUUGGUGUGUGGUGGUGCAGCUCCUACUUUAUUACGUAAUGUAUUUGAAGAAAAUUUUCGAUCAGGAAUGGAAAUUAUUGAGGAAAAAACACGACCAAAUGUAAAAAAUUGUGUUUUUGCUAUGAAUAGACGAUUAGGUUUAGAUAUAGCUACAAAGAAAAAAUUUAUAUACCCAAAUGAAGGUAAAUUAUUAUUACAUGGUAUUCCAUACUUUGAGGUUGAACUUGUGCCAGAGAAUAACGUUUAUUGUAGUGAAGGUAGUGAGGAUAAUGGUAUCUUGCCAUGUGGUGUACUGGUUAGCUCUGGUGGUGAGGGAUUAGUGGAACAUUGUCUAUUUAAAGCUAAUGAUAUUGCUGUGGAUGUUGCUCGUGGUUUUGCUGAAUGUAUGAAAUCAUCAACUCUUGGAAUUCGAUUUACAUCAUGUCUUUUCACUGAGAAUAAUGUAGCUGGUGUAUUUGUGCGUAGUGGAAAUAUUGCAACACAAAAUACCUCUAAAGCUCCACCUAGACGAUUAAGUGAUGUUGAAAGUGAAAUGGAAGGUACCAUAUUCGAUAAUUGUUUCUUUGCAGGAAAUGUUAAUAAUCCAGACAAUCAUGGAGAUAUUAUUUCAACAGAUAGUGGUUUUGCUAUUUUUAAAGAAAAUACCCUAACUGGUUGUAUACAUGGUAAUAAAGAUGGUAUGGCAUUAUUUUCGAAUAAUACUUUCCUUUCAUCUGGUAUCUCUGAUGUGGCUAUCUAUAUGCAUAAAGGUACCCGUGUUCGACUAGUACGUAAUAUCAUUCGUGGAUAUAAAACAGGCAUUAAAACAGAUCCAGGUGCAUGGGGAGAAUUAGAAAAAAAUUGGAUUUUAGAUAGUACUCGAGGUGUUCUUGCAGCUCCAUAUUGUCAUACUCUUUUUUCAGGUAAUCGCAUAAUGAAUGCUAAAGAUUGUGGAAUAUUAACAUAUGGUGGCGUUUUUACAGAUAAUGAAGUUUCUGGAACUCCUACUGGUAUAUUAAUUGAAAAUCCAAAUGAAUAUAAAGGUUUUGAUCUUAUACCAACAAUAGAGAGAACUACAUUUGAUGCUUUAAUAUCAGAAAAUAAAGUUCAUUCUUGUGAAAGUGAUGGUAUUUUUGUUGCUGGAGGUGCCCGUAUUGAAGGUAAUAUUGUAUUUAACUGUAAAACUAAUAUGACUAUUAUUUGUCCUAGAAAUCCACAUGAUGGAGCAUCUAUAGCUACAGUAUCUAAGAAUACAUUAUUUGAUGGUGAUAUUGGUCUUGUAGUUGCAAAAGGUUCUGAUUCCGUUAUUAGAGAUAAUGAUAUAUUUGAUAACGCUUCUAUUGGAGUUUGGCUUAAAGCUGGUGCUUCUGGUGUUAUGCAAGGUAAUGCUAUCUCUAGUGCAUUAAAAGAAGGAGCUUUAGAUAUGGAGGAAGGAUCAGGUGUUAAAAUUCUUCAAAACACUAUAAAAAAUCAAUUUUCUCCUUCUUAUCAUAAAACACUUCCAAUGCAUCGUGAAAAAGAACGUCAACGAGCAGCUGAAGCAUUAUUAGUUGAAUUACAAGAAUUAGAUCGUAAAUUAACAGAAUUGAAAUCUAAUUGUUGUACAGUAGAGAUGAAUAUGCGAUCUACACUGGAUUCACUUCAAGAAGAAAAUGUUUUAUCUGAAGGAGUUGCUUCGUUUAGUUACAUGUUGAUGGCAGGUGCUGCUUCCAAGGCUCUUCGUAGUUCCUCAAUAAGUAAAAAUGUUGUGGAUCUUUUAAAUGUUACCUUGACGAAAAAUUAUAGACGUUUUUCAACUGAUAAAAGUAUUUCCUCUUCAGUUCUUAAAGCUUCUAAAUCUCUAGAUCGUCGAAUGAGUCAAUCUAUAUCUUCUUCCUUAGAGAAGUCUUAUACAUCUGUACUUAUUCACAUCUUUGAUGGAGGUAAAGGGGAUACAGCAGGUAAUAGAGAUGCUGGUAGAGAAGUAGAGAAUGUUUUUACUUCCUCCUCUCUAACCUCACGUAGGACAUUUCGUACAAUUGUUACUACUAAUGCUAGUAGUCUUGCAGCUUCUAUUACAGCAGGAAAACCGGAUAUAGUAAUAGUGGUAAUGCGUGCAGGUAAACACACAUUAACUACGGAAGAAAAUACCGCAUUAACAACCCUUGAACCUCUCUGUUCUGGAACAAUACUCGAUGGUAAAAGUAGUGGUAGUAGUAGUAGUGGAACUGUUCCGUCUAGUAAAAAAACUUCCGCUGCUUUUACUCUUCUACCACAUGACUGGAAAACAUCCGUGCGUUCAGAGAAAGAAGAGGGAGAAGGUAAGGUAAAGAAACAGAAUCACCAUAGUUUAUCUGGUAAUGAAGAUGCAAGUCAAAUGGAAAGAUUUAGUCGUUUUGCUAAGAGUAAUAAUCCUAUUUACUUUACGUUUAACUUUUCAGAAGCACUGAAGGAAAUGGAAGGGAAAGUAGAAUCUUUUCUUUCUGGUUCAACAGGGUUUUCUCUAGAUGGACAAGGGACGAAGAUAAAGUCUCGAGGGUCCAAAGCAAUUUCAUUACAAAGCGAAAAACGUCGUUCAGGAAAUGCAAAUGUUAGUGGUAGUCUAUCUUUAAAGCCGGCUGCAGAUAGUCCAUCAUGA